ACUUAGGUUGCUGCAAACAAUCGAUUGGAAGUGAGUAGGAUAAGAGAGCUAUUGUCAAUUUUAUGAAAUGAGUUAAAACUGAAUUUAUGGGUUGCUGAUUAUAUUGCUGACUAGUUUCUUUAAGUUUAAUGAAGGUUGCUGACAAGCUUGCUUAACAUAUUCUCUAUUUUUUUUUUAUAUUUUCUUGAUUGAUUUGGUUGAAUCUGAAUGGGUUGCUGUAAAUAUUUAGGUUGCUACAAACAAUCGAUUGGAAGUGAGUAGGAUAAGAGAGCUAUUGUCAAUUUCAUGAAAUGAGGUAAAACUGAAUUUCUGGGUUGCUGAUUAUGUUGCUGACUAGUUUCUUUAAGUUUAAUGAAGGUUGCUGACAAGCUUGCUUAACAUAUUCUCUAUUUUUUUUUAUAUUUUCUUGAUUGAUUUGGUUGAAUCUGAAUGAGUUGCUGUAAAUACUUAGGUUGAUGUAAAUAUAUUCAUAAAACGAUCAUUUGAAGAAGGUGUGAGAACAAGCAAUUGUCAAUAUCUUUGGAUUUAAAGAGGAGUGAUUGAAAGGAGGAAAUGGAUAGCAUUGCAGUUUUACUCCAACACAAUGGGCAAUGGGAUCAAAACAAAAACUAUAUCAACUUUGAUGUUUGUGGAAUAGUAAUUAGAAAUGACUGCAACUACAACAACUUGAUUGGUAUGAUAUGCAAUGAAUUGAAGCUGCAACUUGAAUCUACACUUUUGACAAUACAGUAUCAAGUUAAAGAUGGAUACCCUCCUUUAAAAAUAGUUGAUGACUCACAAUUGAAGUUCUACAUAGAGUUGAAGAAAAAGGAAACAAAUAUCACAAAAUACCCUUUGUGUCUCACAAUUGAAUUCAACUCAAUGCAGCAAUCUUUUUUCUCAACUAGGAGUACAACAACACAUAAUCAACCAUGCAAUGAAGUUGCACAAAUAGAAGAAGCAGCAUCAAAUUCAGAUGAUGAACCAGUUGAUUAUUCUGUUGCUAAAGAGGUUGCAGACUUUAUUGAUUAUGCAGAGCUGGUGUCUAAUUAGAUUAUAGAAAUGAUAGAUGAAAGAAACAGAAAUAAUGAAAAAGAAGUUGAUGUUGAUGUUGCAUUGUGAACUCUGGCAGA